GUAUGUUUCCACUGUAGAGAACCUGGCCAUGGUGUUGCUGAUUGUCCUGCAGUACUUGAAAGCCAAGAAAUGGGUACAGGAAUCUGCUACCGGUGUGGAUCCACAGAACAUGACAUCAGCAAAUGCAAAGCAAAAAUAGAUCCAGCAGUUGGGGCAUUUCCAUAUGCAAAAUGUUUCAUCUGUGGUGAGAUGGGGCAUCUAUCAAGGUCAUGUCCAGAUAAUCCCAAGGGAUUGUAUGCUGAAGGUGGUGGCUGCAAACUUUGUGGCUCUGUGGAGCACUUCAGAAGAGACUGUCCGGAAAAACAGAAUGCAGGUGAGAUGCGGGGGAGU